UCUCCUCGCUCCCCAUUCCCCUCGCUCUCACUUAUGUGACCACUCGUGGGCUCCCUCUCUUCUCUCACUCCAUAAUGUCCCUCCGAGGCGAGACAGCAACAACUGCAGCAUCAUCUGCUAGCAGCGUAGCUAGCUAGGUUUGCAUACAACGACUGCACUUGGGAGCUGAGAGUCUCUGAGAGGAGCUCGUCUAUUACACAGUGUGUGGUCGCUGUACCAAGGCAGGCUGCAAGUGGUCGCCGAGGGCGGCGCUGUGUCCGUGUGUCGGCGGCCGGCAUGAACAACAUUACGCAGCACAACUCGAGCAGCAGCAGCUCAUGGGAUUUGGACAUGAGCCUCGGCACCCAUCACCACCCUCUCCUCUUCGACAGCCACCCCAACCCGGGGCCGCCGCCGCCGCCAUUACCCUUCCACCCCUCCUCCUCCCACCACCCUCCGCCGCAUCCUGCACACCACCAUCCCGGCUUGGGUCCUUCGCUGUCUUCCUCCCUCUUCCCACAACCACCGCACCACCACCAUCAUCGGCUCCACCGCCUCGGCCUCGACAUCGACGACCCUUCCUCCCAAUCCCACGGCCACCGCGGGAACGACGAGCUGGAGGAGGAGAUGCGGAAGCAGCACGAGGCGGCAGCCGAGCACGUGGACGAGGAGCUCGGCGCCAUGAAGGAGAUGAUGUACCGGAUCGCGGCCAUGCAGCCGGUGGACAUCGACCCGGCCACCGUCAAGAAGCCGCGCCGCCGCAACGUACGCAUCAGCGAGGACCCCCAGAGCGUGGUGGCCCGGCACCGGCGCGAGCGGAUUAGCGAGCGCGUCCGCGUCCUGCAGCGGCUCGUGCCCGGCGGCACCAAGAUGGACACCGCCUCCAUGCUCGACGAGGCCAUCCGCUACAUCAAGUUCCUCAAGCGCCAGGUGCAGGAGCUCCAGCACCCGGCGCCCGCGGCCGCCGGAGCAGGAGCCGGGCCCAGCGUCUCGGCCGUGGGCGGCCUGCCGCUCAUUGACUGGGCCGGGCUCGUGAGGCCCGUCGACAUCCACGGGCCGACGUCGCCAUCGUCCUCGUCGUCCAUGGGCGGCGCCGGCGCCCACGCCGCGCUAGGGUUCGGGUUCAGCAGCGCCGGCGGCCAGAGCAGCCAUGGAAUGCACUGAGCGAUCGAGCGAGGAGAGGAAAUUCGAUAGUGGUAGGAGCUUCCUUUCCUUUCCUUAAUUUGUACCGGAUCGGAUUAACUAGCUAGGAAUCAAUAUAGUCUGUCUCUAUCGAUCAAUGGUGGCGUGGUGUGGUGGUGGAUCGAUGGAUUGGUGGAUGGAGAUGAUGAACUAUAGAGAGAUCAGAGGUAAUUUUGAUCUGAUCGUAAUUUAAUCAUUCUGGGUAGCUAGCUA